GGAAGCUGUGGCCCGAGCCGCGCAGGAAGCCGGGACCGGAACCUCGGCCGCCCGGGCCCCUCCCCGCUCACCUGCGCAGGUAAACCGGGGCCGCGGACAGCGAGGCCGAGACGGAGGCGGAGCGGGCUGGUAGCAUGUUUGGCCCUUUGUUCUGCGCUCGUGCCGGUGUCCGGGUCUCUAGCACCCUCAGAACCCAGAGGCCGGCACUGUGAAGGUGACCCUCGUGGGGAGGAGAGCCACGGCCCCUGGGAGGACGAUGGCUGGCGCCUGCCUCACCCUGGCCCGCCUCCCUGCCGUCACCUUGUGGCUCCUUUGUGCGUUCGGCCUCCAGGGCAUUGAGGCCGGGCAGCCCCUCGAGCCUCCGGGGCUGCCCGCGGCAGCCGUCUGCCUGGAACGCUUUACGGCUGGGGUGCCUGCCUUCGUUCUGGACACCACGGCCUCAGUCAGCAACGGGGCUACCUUCCUGGGCUCCCCUGCGGUGCGCCGUGGCUGGGACUGCGUGCGAGCCUGCUGCGCCACCCAUAACUGCAACCUGGCGCUGGUAGAGCUGCAACCCGACAGUGGGGAGGACGCUAUCGCCGGUUGCUUCCUCAUCAACUGCCUCUACGAGCAGAACUUCGUGUGCAAGUUCGCGCCCAGGAAGGGCUUCAUCAACUACCUCACGCUGGAGGUUUAUCGCUCCUAUCGCGAUCUGCGGACCCAAGGAUUUGGAGGGUCCCAGAUCCCCAAAACCUGGGUGGGAAUAGACUUGAAAGUACAGCCCCAGGAACCCCUGGUGCUAAAGGAUGUAAACAACACCAACUGGCGCCUGCUGCAGGGUGAGACAGACGUCAAGAUAGAGAGGAAAGAUCCGGACCAGGUAGAGCUAUGGGGACUCAAGGAAGGCACCAUCUACCUGUUCCAGCUAACAGUGACUGGCUCAGACGAACCUGAGAACACGGCCAACGUCACAGUCACUGUGCUAUCUGCCAAGCAGACAGAAGACUAUUGCCUUGCAUCCAACAAGGUGGGCCGCUGCCGGGGUUCCUUUCCCCGCUGGUACUACGACCCCACAGAACAGAUCUGCAAGAGGUUCGUCUAUGGAGGUUGCUUAGGCAACAAGAACAACUACCUUCGGGAAGAGGAGUGUAUGCUAGCCUGCCGGGGUGUGCAAGGCCCCUCCAUGGAAAGGCACCAUCCAGUGUGCUCUGGCACCUGUCACUCCACCCAGUUCCGCUGUGAUGAUGGCUGCUGCAUCGACAGUUUCCUGGAGUGUGACAACACCCCUGACUGCCUUGAUGCCUCUGAUGAGGCCACCUGUGAAAAAUAUACCAGUGGCUUUGACGAACUCCAGAGCAUCCAUUUCCCCAGUGAAAAAGGGCACUGCGUAGACCUGCCAGACACAGGACUCUGCCAGGAGAACAUCCCACGCUGGUACUACAACCCCUUCAGCGAACGCUGUGCCCGCUUUACCUACGGUGGUUGCGAUGGCAACAAGAACAACUUUGAGGAAGAGUGGCAGUGUCUUGACUCCUGUCGAGGCAUCUCCAAGAAGGAUGUAUUUGGUCUGCGGCGGGAAAACCCCAUUCCCGGUGUAGGCUUUGUGGAGGUAGCUGUGGCAGUACUCCUGGCCACCUGCAUCGUGGUGGUGGUAGCCAUCCUGGGUUACUACUUCUUCAAGAACCAGAGAAAGGGCUUCCGCAGCCAUGACCACCAGCCACUGCCAACCCCCGCCAGCUCCACUGUCUCCACUACUGAGGACACAGAGCACCUGGUCUAUUAUCACACCACCCGACCCCUCUGAGCCUGGGGCUCUUGCCAGCUCUCAUGUGGUCCUGCUUUCUACUUGCCAAGAUAGACUGGGCUGGGAAAACUUUAGGACCAGACGCCCUCUGCCUGUUUCUCGGGCCCACUCUGCCUCAAAGGCCCGGACUCCAGCCCCUAUUGGAGGAGUCUCAGCUAAGCUCAGGUUCUGAGGAAACUCAAGGGUCUGGGGGUAUCAGAAAACCCUUAGGCCAGAAGUACAAUAAGUAAAUGGACCUGUCUGCCCAGGAGUUCUGAGGAAGUUGGAGUUUUGUUUCUUGUUCAGAGCUGCCUGCCCCUGCCCCACGGGUUGGUGACAAGCUGGAGGCCCCAACCUUGUCCUCCAGAGGUUCCCUUCCAUGCUGUAUAAUCCAGGGCUGGGAGGAAGGACUUCCCUGUGUAGUUUGUGCUGUAAAGAGUUGCUCUGUGUUUAUUUAAUGCCAUGGGGUGGGUGCAGAGGAAUGACGGGUGCUCUGCCUGUUCCCUCAUCUUCCCCCGGGAUGGAGCUUUCCACCCUUGACCAGCCCCACCCUGGCCUGGACAGGCAGAGCCAGAAGAGGCUCACCUGCA